AUGAGUGACAUACUGUCUCAUGCCACUUGGUCAAUGAUUCUGAUUAAUCUAUCCUACGGAGACUGUGACCAUAUCUGUUUAAAUUGUGUCAUACAACAUUUAAUUAAGGCUACUGUCAACAGCGAUCUAUGGGAACCGCAAGUGGUCCUGGGAAGAGAAACGUGCUCCCUCGCGCCGGGCGAGGCUGCGCCCAACGCCUCUUCUUUGAUUGCAGGUCUCGGAGAGGCGUUUGGCUCACACCGUCCUGGGUCAGAGUCACGAGGCUGCUGCGCCUCGCUGUGGGGUUCACCUAGGUGUGGGCAACCCGCCAGUGGCCCCAAAACUGCGCGCACUGCGGGGGGGGGGGAGGUCAAAGGUCCGCAAGAGAGCAAAGAAGACCGGCACAGGCUGCCAACCUACAGCCUCCCGGGUCCCGCCCGGCCUCAGGGUCGGCCCCUGCCUCCUGCCGAGUGGAAUCCAUCCACCCCGGGGGCCUCUCCUGUCACGACUGUGCGAAUCCGUGUGGAGAUGACAGCUGGGGUGUUGACAUGUUUUGUGUGGUUGCCUGGUUCUGAAGAAGACAAGACUAUAAGAAAAGGGAAACUAUACUGGUAUGGAAGAGCCAAUGGUUUAAGUUCAUUCAAGUCCAGAUUGGAGUCCAAGGGUUAAUGGACAUUAGAUUCUCAAAGGAAAGAAGAGAGAAGACUAGAGAAAAGAGAACAGAAUAGUUUUCCAUCUAUAUUCUACAACUGCGGGUAUGAAGAUCAAUGAAGUUCUAGAAUGUGACAUUAUGGUGUUGUGGUUAUCUUACUACCAUCAGUCUAGGAUGUCUUGGAAGAAUAAAAUAGCUUUGCAUUGGAUUUUGACAGUCUUGAGAGAUUAUAAUAAGCUUGCAGUAAAUCUUUUGGUAUUUGCAAGCCUUGCUUAAUUAUACUAAAGUUUCUUCAAGCAAGAGAUCUGAAUUUUCUUCUUAACAUU